CACGCAGCGUAAAGCAUAGACCCGUCAACUUGAGCUGUUGUUAAAGUUACUUCUGCGCUCGCGCUGUCAACUUGCCAGUCAGCCGAAUGCAGCAUAAUCCUUACAUAUAAGGGAUACGACAUGACGAACGCGGACGCGUCGCUGCAGCGACGGCUCUGCGGGGAAAUGCUGUUCGUCCUCCAGCUGUUCCUGACAUCCCGGCCGGAGUAGCGCAGCAGCAGGGCGCUGGAUGCUCCCACUACCCACACUGAUGGUUGCGGUGUGGUGUGUGGCGCUGCUUUGCGCAGCCGCUGUGGCAGGGGGUGUCAUGUUGGCGCGGGCAUGGCUGCAAACCAGUGUGGCGCAAUGGCGCUCGACUCAUGUGGGCGAAGAGGCCACUGGACGCGUGGUGGCCACCGCACCGUAUGGCGGGCUUGCCGAUGCUCCCCUGCCCCUGCGAAGGAGCGUGCAGGUGUUUGUGCGCACGCUGCGUGGCCGUACCGUGGCGGUGACGGCCUUGCCUGAGGACCCCGUGGAGGUGUUGCUUCACUCCCCCGCCACCAGCGAGGGUGCGCCCCCGGUUUUGAUGCAGCUGCUGUGGUGCGGCCGUGCCCUGCACCUGGACCGUAGCCUUGCAUGGCACGGCAUCAGCCAUGGCAGCACGGUGCUUGCAACCAGCCGCCUGCUUGGCGGCGUGGGCUUCACGGAGGCUCACGUGCAGCGUGUGGGCGAGGCCGCGGAGCACCUGGGCGCGGGCGACGCGCGGGCACUCACCUGCAUGGAGGCAGGGCGGUGGGAGGACGUGGUGGGGCAGCUGGCGCGGCGCAGCGGGGUGCCAGCCGAGGUCGUUCGCGCAGUACUGGACGAGCGCCGGCGCACCAUCACGGACCGGCUGGCCGUGGCCAGAGUGACACAGCGCAUGUUCGCGGCGCGCAGGGCCAAGCAGCAGCAGGCGAUUGAGCAUGCAGCCGCAGCCGCAGCGCCGCCUCACAUGGCGGGUGACACGGUAGCCAGCGCGCAGGCGGGUCCAGCAGCGGCAGCAGGCGCCGGCGGCGCAGGGCCGAGCGCAGCGGUGCCGGCUGGGGCGGCAAGGAGGCCCGCGGCCUCAGCGGGCCGAGCAGCAGCCGGUGCGGCACACGGCGCCGCACCCACGGCUUUACUGGGGCGUCACGGGUUAUCGCAGCGGGCAAAGAUGGACCUGCUCGCGGCGGAGGCUGCUGCCAGGCACCUGUGUGGAAGGAGCGCCGAAGACAGCGGCGUUGGUCACGCAGCAUCGGGCCUGUGCGACCUAACGGCGCGUGCUCGCUGCGGCAGCGGCGGAGCCGGCGGCGGUGGUGGUAGCUUGGCCAGCAGCGGCGGCCGCGGGCCAGACCAGCAUCAGGUUGACCCCCGGCCAACCAGCCACGCCAAACCAGAGCUUGCGCCCGCGCCCCAGCCCACGCCUCAGCCCACGCCCCCAUCUACGAGUGCGACCCAGCCCACGCCCGCGCCAGAACCUGCGGUGACCCCUGCGAAUGGCUCGGGUGGGGCGCGGGCGCCAGGCCACAACACUGCCGACGUCAUUGCGGCAGUCGCAGACAUCCUCAGGAGCGAGCCGGAUCUUGUCCGCACCCUGUGGGGCAUGCAGCUGCACCUGGUCGGCUACGGCGGCGUGUGUGACCUGGCGGAGGCGGUGCAGCAACGGCUGCCGCCGCGCCUGCGCAGCAAAUCGGUGGCGGCCCUGAAGACCUGGCUCCGCCACCACAUGAGCGAGAUCACGAUGGCGCUGGAGGGCACCCUCGACACCACCACGGCUCCCACAGCUACGGAUGAUGAUGCCCGGCUGCGCCGCCCGGUCGGCGGGGAACGCGGCGGGGGAAGUGCAGCCCGAGCUGCGGCAGCCGGUUGUCGCUGAACGCGGGGCGCAGCGGUGGGAGCAGACGUGGGAAGCAUGCUGGCUGGAGCGGCAGCCUGGAGGUCGGCACUGUCGGCAAUGCAUCAUGGGCAAGCACAUUCAGAUAGGUCAUGCUGGCGGCUGCUUGGUGGGAAUAACGUUGAACCAAUCCCGUACGGAAACAGUCACGCUAGUGGGAGGAGGCGGCCACGGAGGCGGCGGCUGCGGGCGGGGGGCCCUACACGGUCUACGGGGGACUGGAUGGCUGGCUGGAAACUGCG